GUCACUCUGAGAGUGGAGCCGGAAGUCGGGACGUGGCCGGCGCUGUGAGCGGGGGGAGGAUGGCGGUGGUGAGCAGCGCAGAGAGGCUGGAGGUCUCCAUUGACGGCUUAACGCUGACCCCGGAUCCCGAGGAACCUGCGGUUGGGGAGAGGAGGGUUGACAUGGAGGAGCCGAGCCGGGAGCCAGCGCCACAGGAUGACACGGAGGCCCAGAGCCUGGAGCAGCGCUGGGGCUUCAGUCUGGAGGAGCUCUAUGGUCUGGCCCUCAAGUUCUUCAAAGAGAAGGACGGGAAGGCUUUCCACCCAACCUACGAAGAGAAGCUGAAGCUGGUGGCGCUGCACAAACAAGUUCUCCUGGGGCCCUACAACCCGGACACCUGCCCCGAGGUCGGCUUCUUCGAUGUUCUGGGCAAUGAUCGGAGGAAAGAAUGGGCCACCCUGGGCAACAUGAGCAAGCAAGAAGCCAUGACGGAGUUUGUCACCCUGCUGAACACCUGCUGCCACCUCUUCUCCCCAUACGUCACCUCCCACAAAAUAGAGAAAGAAGAGCAAGAGCGAAAGAGGAGGGAGGAGGAGGAGCGGAGAAGGCGCGAAGAAGAGGAGCGUCAGCGCCUGCUACGGGAGGAGGAGAGGCGGAGGAAAGAGGAGGAGGAGAGACGGAGGAGGGAAGAGGAGGAGAGGAUGCGUGCAGAAGAUGAGAGGUUUCGAAUGGAGCAGCAGAAGCAGCAGAUCAUGGCUGCCCUGAACUCCCAGACCGCCGUGCAGUUUCAGCAGUAUGCGGCCCAGCAAUACCCGGGGAACUUCGAGCAACAACAGAUCCUGAUCCGACAACUGCAGGAGCAGCACUACCAGCAGUACAUGCAGCAGCUCUACCAAGUGCAGCUCGCCCAGCAACAGGCAGCCUUACAGAAACAACAGGAGGCGCUGUCAGCAGGAAGCCGCUCUCCAGUAACUUCUCCAGCUAAGGUGAACACGGGAACUGCCACAGGGUCCGGAGAAUCCCCCUCGGUCAACGGGCAAACUCAUCCACACAUAGACAGCUCUGAGACAGAACUGGAGGCCGACCCAUUGGAGGACCUGCUGGAGAAUGGACCUAAAGCAGAGUCCACGCCGGUCAUCGCUGCUCCUUCUAUGUGGACAAGACCCCAAAUUAAAGACUUCAAAGAGAAGAUCCGGCAAGACGCGGACUCGGUCAUCACCGUGGGAAGAGGAGAGGUGGUCACAGUCCGCGUCCCCACACACGAGGAGGGCUCCUAUCUUUUCUGGGAGUUUGCCACGGAUAACUUUGACAUUGGUUUUGGGGUUUACUUUGAAUGGACAGACUCCCCAAACACGACUGUGAGUGUGCACGUCAGCGAGUCCAGCGAGGACGAGGAGGAAGAUGAAGAAAACCCCAACAACGAAGAGAAAGCCAAAAAGAACGCCAGCAAGCCUCAGCUGGAUGAGAUUGUGCCGGUCUACAGGCGGGAUUGUCACGAAGAGGUGUACGCCGGCAGCCACCAGUACCCCGGACGGGGGGUCUACUUGCUCAAAUUUGACAACUCUUACUCCUUGUGGCGUUCAAAAUCUGUGUACUACAGAGUGUACUAUACUAGAUAAAGGAGGGUGGGGAGGGGCCACAGGUCAGGUGGGAGGGGCCAGGGCAGCGAGUCGAUCACGUGUUGCUGGAUCCUUUUCAAUCAGUGUUGUCUCCCCAUUUCUCCUCUUUCCGUCAUGUGGCGGACGGCGGCUCUUGGCGCAAAACUAAUUCAAGCGUGCUCUGAUUUAACCCUUUCAGUGUCACAACACCCCGUGACAGCGAAAGGGGUUAAAAGAAAAAAUUUGGCUGCGCCCGCACCUUUUUGGUUUUUGUCUUCACACCUGUAUGGAGUUCUUAAUUAUUAUUCUUAUUUUAAGUGCGCCUCGCCGGCAUCUCAUGAUCUGUUCAUAAGACAAAUGUGCAUGGGAAGCGCCACCAGGGGGGGAUGGGCGUCCCCUCUGUCAUCUUGUUUGGUACCAGGGUAAUGAGUGCCCCCCCCCCCCUUAGGACUGGUAAAUGUCUAUGCAGGCUCUGCAUGGAGGAAGGUAUGGAGUGUGCAUAGGUCUAUGCGUCAUCACUAGCUCAAUACUGAUAGUUUCUUCUCCGCUGCAAAGUCAGAGACUCUCUGGUGUCCGCCGCCAGCAGGGGGCGUCGGAGGGUUGUGGUGGAAGUCUAUCUGUUCUCUCAUCAAUCAGUCUAUGAUUUUGUCUCGAUCUCGUACUAUGUAAAAUAUGUAACAAUAUGAAAGAUGGUUUAUAAUUAUAAUAAUAAUCGUAUGGAAUAAUCUGUCCUGUGUCAUGUAAAGUGUCUGGUGUAAGCACUACACCUCCCACAAUGCCACGCAGCGGAGCAUGUGCUGUCUUAGACGGUGUUGCAGCAGGGGGUGCGGAGGGUGGAGUCUGAGAAAGGAACAGAAAAUCAGCAGAAUUGUGAGUGCAGCUCUGGAUGUGACAUGUUUGCAGGUUUUUGCAUUGUUUAGAUAGAUUUGACCUGUAAAAUGCUGUACAGCAGAGCUGCUCCAGUAUGUUGUGUUAUCGUAUAGGGGAGGAAUCGGCAACCUCUGGCACUCCAGCUGCUGUGAAACUACAACUCCCAGCAUGCACACUUGCGCGACGGUUCUUGUAACUCCUAUAGAAGUGAAAGGAGGAUUCUGGGAGUUGUAGUUUCAGAACAGCUGGAGUCCCGGAGGUUGCUGAUCUCUUGUCUAGGGGAAGGCACGGUAGGGUAGAUGUCAGCGCCACGGUCUCCUGCUGUUGCACAAUUAUAACUCCCAGCAUGCCCUGACAACCUGUGGCAUGCUAAGAGUUAUAGUUUCACCAUAGUUGGAUAGUCCAAACUGCUUUUUAAAUACUGACUUGCACUAAUACUUUUUAUUUAAAUGCUGGUUUUCUAUGAAGGGGUUAAAUUGAUGUCCGAAGUCAAGGACGACAAUAUGGCCACCAAUACAUGUACAGUAAGGUUGUCGCCUGGCUUUCUUAGAUCCCUGAACAUUAAAAGGGUUUUCUGAAAUUUUAAAACUGAUGAACUAUCCUGUGGAAAGGUCAUCAGUAUCUGAUCGUUGGGGUCCGACACCCAGGACCCCCGCCGAUCAGCUGUUUUGAUAAGGCAGCGGCGCUCCUGAGAGCACAGCGCCGUACAUUGUCUAGUGGUCAUGCUUGGUAUCGCACUCAGGGCUGCGCUGCUCCUAGGCCUCGUGAACGACUAACGUGACAUCACUGGCCUAGGAAAAGUAGUGAGAAGGGUGCGGCACUACUGCUGGUGCCUUCACAGCUGAUCAGCGGGGGGCCGGACCCCCACCGAUAGGAUAGGUCAUCAGUAUUGAAUUGUCAGAAAACCCCUUUAACGAGGCAGAUCUAGAGCCUGGGAAAGCUGGGUGACGAGUCUGACGACCUACGUGGGAGCAGUCAUGGUGCCUAUAUUGGUCAUCACCCAGCUUUUCCCAGAAACAGAUGUAAGAAAAGAACGGCUGAAUAACAUUUUGUAAUACUUGACAGAACAUUAUAUAAUUUCUGUUGUAUCUGCAGUAAUUCCUGGAAGGAAGUGCAGUAUUAUACUGCUGGAUGGUCAGGCAGUGCGAGUGCCAGCUGACGGACGCUGCAAACUGAAUGAGGGAGGAAUUCGGUUCUAUUGAUUAUCGGCACAACAUCCCUGAUUACACAGGAAGACGUGCCGCCGACAAACGAGCUGCUUGAUUACACGGGCCCAUUAUCAGGAAGGAGCGUCCCUAUAAACCCUUGUUCCUGAUAAUUAGCCCAAAAAUCGUGAACUCUAAAAGGGCCCCCUGCAAUUUCUGGGGUGACCCUAGGAGCAGUAGGUUUCAGUGGAAGACAUAUUGUAGGGAUUUCUAACAGAAGGGAUUAGACAGCUGCUGCUCAGACCGGUAACAGCCUGGGUGGUCUGCGAGAUUACUGUGGGAUGGGUACAGCCUUGCCACGCUGUGGCCACCGGCAGACAAGUUUGUCUUGAGACAAUCCCUUUAUCCUUGUAGCAGUCACAUCUCGGCGGACGAUCACUGACCCGGUUUUUGCUAUUGAGUUCAAUGUAUGUUGCAUGCAGGGAGCUCCCCCUAGUGGUGGUAUGUAGAAAUAUUACGAAAGGAAUUCACAUAGAAUGAAGACGGCAUGAUGCGGAAAUGUGGAGAAUCUGUUGUAGGGAUUGUGUAAGAUACCCUUGGUGGGGAUAGAAAGCAGAUGACCCCCAUGAAUGAGCCCUCACUGAUAUCCCCUAUUAGUCAUUUCUGCAAUAAGCAUCUCUUGAUUGUGUCCAUGCUGUUCCCUGACGCUCCAUCCGUUUCAAAGGGCACAUAUAAUACUUCAUUACCGAGUCUUUACAGAGGUCUGAAAUCUUCACCGGAUCCCAGCCGACUAGUCGAAGAGGCGUGAAAGGAGCUGCUGCAUGUGGAACGCCUAAUUUCUGCAUCCCACUUUCAGGGGCUUCUGCAUACUGACGGUUUCCCUUUAAGACUUGCAUUCGGAUCCAUGUACAACGAGGGUUCCACAAACCGUAUACUGUACAUAAAAUACGCUGCUCUACUACGGAGCCCCUGUUCAGAGCAGCCUGCCAGUGACGGGCGUUAACCCUUUACUCGUUCCGGUUUUAUUUUGUGACCGUCUCGUCGCAUUGCCUUUUGAGCUGUUCGGUGAUAACAGGACAAGUGCAAUUUAAAGGAGUGAAAUCGCUCAAAUCCUCUAUUUUAAAAUGGUCAUACUGACACGACUCUCUGUAUAUUCCUAUACUUUGUGUUUUGAUAUCGGUUUGUUGGAAGGACGUGUCAUACACUGUAAAUUUAGUUCUUAUAAGGAAUAAUUAAGUUUAUCUUCAUUAAAGACUGAAUUCUCUCCUUUUUGAUUUCUUA